AUGGGGCUGAACAUCUCCAAGAUGCUUAACCCCAGCAGAGCUCCAUUCUACGGCAUCGUCCCGGGAAACGCAGCUACACCACUUGGUUCACUGGUCCUGCCGGUCACCUUUAGGAUGAAAGACAACUACCGCACGGAGUACAUCAAGUUCAAGGUGGCCGACUUCGAGUCGUCAUACCACGCCAUCUUCGGCAGAUCAGCUUUGGCCAAAUUCAUGGCCGUACCUCACUACAUCCACUUACUACUCAAGAUUCUAGGCAAGACAGGUGUACUCACGUUUCAUGGCAACUUGAAGAAGUCGUACAGCUACGAUUAA